CAGGUAUAUGUCACAAGGAAAACAUGCAGAAGCAAGAGAACUAAUGUAUUCAGGGGCUUUGCUGUUCUUCAGUCAUAACCAGCAAAACAGUGCCGCUGAUCUGUCCAUGCUGGUUUUAGAGUCUUUGGAGAAAUCGGAUGCAAAAGUAGCAGACGACCUUUUAGAAAACUUGGCUAAAUUGUUCAGCUUAAUGGAUCCAAAUUCUCCCGAAAGAGUGGCUUUCGUAUCCAGAGCACUAAAAUGGUCUAGCGGGGGAUCGGGAAAACUCGGCCACCCAAAACUGCACCAGUUACUAGCAAUUACCCUGUGGAAAGAGCAAAACUAUAGUGAAUCUCGGUAUCACUUCUUGCACUCCACAGAUGGUGAAGGAUGUGCAAAUAUGCUAGUAGAAUACUCCUCAUCCAGGGGAUAUCGCAGUGAGGUCGACAUGUUUGUAGCACAGGCAGUACUACAGUUUCUCUGCUUAAAAAAUAAGACCAGUGCAUCAGUUGUUUUUACGACAUACACACAGAAACAUCCUUCAAUAGAAAAGGGUCCUCCCUUUGUUCAACCACUGCUAAACUUCAUCUGGUUUCUGUUACUGGCAGUUGAUGGAGGAAAACUAACAGUAUUUACAGUAUUGUGUGAACAGUAUCAACCUUCACUGAAGAGAGAUCCCAUGUAUAAUGAGUACCUAGAUAGAAUAGGACAGCUUUUCUUUGGUGUUCCACCCAAGCAGACAUCGUCCUACGGAGGGUUACUAGGAAAUCUUUUAAACAGUCUGAUGGGAACUGGAGAAGAUGAUGACACAGAAGAUGGUCAGGAAGAUAGCAGUCCAAUAGAGCUCGACUGAAUGAUGUUGUCACUGGGUGCCGUGUAAAUCUGAUGAUUCGAUGACUCCAAAGACAGUUUUGGAAUUUGAAUCCUGCAGUUGUUUCUUGGCGCCUAAAAGGGCUCCUCUGGUCUUUUAGAAAUGGUUGCUGAAAUGUUUAUAAUGUUCGGUCUAUAUUAUUUAUGUAAAAAAAAAAAAGAAACCAACAAAAAGUAGCCAAAUGAAGUUGGAGCAAUUGUUAGCAGGUUUCCGAUAACAGCAGCUGGUGACUGAUUAAAAUAUAGUCUUCUACAGUUUCUGAUGCAGUAUUCCCUUUUGCACAGUAAUUCAAUAAAGCAUAAAUAUGGGUCUUGUAUUUCAUGGCCUACCCACUACUGUCUUUGUUAUGAGAAAGCCUCCUUGACCUCUGCCAUCUCCGAGGAAGAUCUCAAAAGGCAGGGUCACCAACUGAAUAAUUGAUAUGUGAGGCUGGUGCCAAAAGUACUGUGAGAUGAGCCAAGCAGCAUAAUUUGAGAUGCACAUCCAAG